GCGGCGCGCAGAGGGAGGUGAGCGGCGCGGAGCCGGCAGGCAAGGAGGAGGCCGGCGAGGGAGGCCCCGCCCCCGCCUCUCGGAGCCGGCUCCUCGCCGCCUCCGAACCCGCUCACUUUGCCUCUCGCCUCUGGACGGCUGCGGGGCAGCUGCCCGAGCUGCGGCGGGCGGGAGCGCCUCCCGGGACCUGGAGUCUUCCGCACGGCGCCUCCCCUCGGCGCCCGCGCCCCUCAGGGAGGACGGCGCCGCCGCCUUGGAGAGGGCACCCCGGUAUCGCAGGGGGCAUCCCCCGGCGCGAGGGGCGGCGGCGCCAACACAGACUCGUUCCCAGCCAGUGGGGCGCAGCGCUGGCGCCGGAGGGGACUCCCCGGCCACCCGCAGGUACUGCCGCGCGGAAGGCGCGCUGCUAGCAGCGACGCUGGGCUGCCGAGGAGGCUAAAGCCGAGGGGCCCCGGGCCAGUGCGGGGCAGAGAGGAGCCCCGAGGGAGAGCGGGCCCCGACGGCGCUCUCCCCAGUCUGCCGGAGGCAGGCAGGCCCCACGCGGCGGCCGGGCGACCCUUGAGCUGAGGGUCCCUAGGGCAGCCAGCCAUGACCUUCGGGCGCAGCGGGGCGGCCUCGGUGGUGCUGAACGUGGGCGGCGCCCGGUACUCGCUGUCUCGGGAGCUGCUCAAGGACUUCCCGCUACGCCGGGUGAGCCGGCUGCACGGCUGUCGCUCGGAACGCGACGUGCUCGAGGUGUGCGACGACUACGACCGUGAGCGCAACGAGUACUUUUUCGACCGGCACUCGGAGGCCUUCGGCUUCAUCCUGCUCUACGUGCGCGGCCACGGCAAGCUGCGCUUCGCGCCGCGGAUGUGCGAGCUCUCCUUCUACAAUGAGAUGAUCUACUGGGGCCUGGAGGGCGCGCACCUCGAGUACUGCUGCCAGCGCCGCCUCGACGACCGCAUGUCCGACACCUACACCUUCUACUCUGCGGAAGAACCGGGCGCGCUGGGCCGCGACGAGGUGCGACCCGGCGGGGCCGAGGCGGCUCCCUCCAGGCGCUGGCUGGAACGCAUGCGGAGGACUUUUGAGGAGCCCACGUCGUCGCUGGCCGCUCAGAUUCUGGCCAGCGUGUCCGUGGUGUUCGUGAUUGUGUCCAUGGUGGUGCUGUGCGCCAGCACGCUGCCCGACUGGCGCGCAGCAGCCGCUGACAACCGCAGCCUGGAUGACCGGAGCAGGUACUCCGCCGUCCCUGGGAGGGAGCCCUCCGGGAUAAUUGAAGCUAUCUGCAUAGGGUGGUUCACUGCAGAGUGCAUCGUGAGGUUCAUCGUCUCCAGAAACAAGUGUGAGUUUGUCAAGAGACCCCUGAACAUCAUUGACUUACUGGCAAUCACGCCAUAUUACAUCUCCGUGCUAAUGACAGUAUUUACAGGGGAGAACUCUCAGCUACAGAGGGCUGGAGUCACCUUGAGGGUGCUCAGAAUGAUGAGGAUUUUUUGGGUGAUUAAGCUUGCCCGUCACUUCAUUGGUCUUCAGACACUUGGUUUGACUCUCAAGCGAUGUUACCGAGAGAUGGUUAUGUUACUUGUCUUCAUUUGUGUUGCCAUGGCAAUCUUUAGUGCACUUUCUCAGCUUCUUGAACAUGGGUUGGACCUGGAAACAUCCAACAAGGACUUUGCCAGCAUCCCCGCUGCCUGCUGGUGGGUGAUUAUCUCUAUGACUACAGUUGGCUAUGGAGAUAUGUAUCCUAUCACAGUGCCUGGAAGAAUUCUUGGAGGAGUUUGUGUUGUCAGUGGGAUUGUUCUGUUGGCAUUACCUAUCACUUUCAUCUAUCAUAGCUUUGUGCAGUGUUAUCAUGAGCUCAAGUUUAGAUCAGCUAGAUAUAGUAGGAGCCUCUCUGCCGAGUUCCUGAAUUAAUGCAUUGCAAAUCAAUUCUUGCAUACGCUUGGUUUGAUAGAAAGAGUUGACGCUGCUUCAUAUUUAUGUGUUUCUUGCUGGGUGAGCACUGCAGGGGCAUUGGCAUCAUCUUGGUAGGAUAAAAAUUAUCCUUCCCAGCUGAAGGGAUGAAACAGUUUACUUAUUACGGAGUAAAUAGGAUUGAGGCUGCAAAGGAAGAGCAAUGAUCCUAGAGCAAACUUUAGGACUUUAUUUGGUUUCAAUUUGUCUCUUCCUUGCCUUGAACAAUUACAUAGUUCUGUUUUGUGUGUGUGUGUGUGUGUGUUUAAAGUACAUUAUUUGGACACUUUGAAACAGAAAGGUACUAUUUUUCAAAUGUUUUUCCAUCUUAGUGAAUUGUGAAGAAGCUUGGAACUUGUAGUGUUAUUUUUUGAGACUAACAUUUUCAUUUCUAAAUGUUUUAUAAUUUCUUGUAUCAAUGUCAGAAGUAUCCUGGAAACAUAUGUCACAUGCAAGAACUGUUUAACAAAUACUUUAAAAAUUUGGCCAAAAUUUAAGCUGUAUAAUGGAGCUGGAUACAAGUGUGAAUAUUAUUUGAGAACCUUUUCCAUAUUUAUCUA